GAGGCUUCACUGGGAGGCAAGAGGAUUAAAGCCUGUGUAUUCCCAAGAGCCUUCCUUGCAUCUGGCCAGCUAACUGCUGCCUUGGCAUAACUUUGGGAGGGUCAAUUACCCCGUCUGGGGUAAGGGUGAAUGUUUACAAAAUGGGAUAGGCUGAAUUACUGCUGGUUUGUAGUUGGUGGAAAGAGGGAGAAACGAGCCCGGCACAUCCUCGUCCUUCCUCUCCUCUUCUUUUUUUUCCCUUUUCUGUUGUCACCAUCACAUUCCUUGAUGUCAUUCCUGCCAUUGUGAGCUGACAGGCCCUCCCAGCCCUGGUGGACAGACCAUAAGUAAAUGGGGAGGAAGAGCUGGGAAGGUGGGGGCAGAUCACAUCAACAUCUCGGCGUUGGGCUGGGUCUGCGUGGAGCCUCAGAAAUGUUCCCCAGCCCAUUCUUCCCAAGAACCAAUGAGUAAAAUCAGGGGCCUCCCACCUGAGGUCAGGGAACCAGGCCCUGGAGUGGAACUUGGGGUGGAAAAUGGCCUUCUUUGUCAACUGAUUCAUUCUCCAGAAUUCAACUUGUUCUCCAACUCGGUGGUGUUUGAAAGCAACUUUAUCCAGUUGAAGAAGGCUUUCCAGAAGGGUCUUAAGCCAUUCUUUGAGAGACUGCUGAGAUUCUGGUCACUAAGCCCGGGAACUGGAGAGAUGUCUGUGAAGGGUCUGCCACCGUGAUCCUUGGGGUGACCUCCUCGGUGCCCUCCCUGCCGCUCCCCAAUGUCCUCCUGAUGGCCAAUGUUACCUGGCCCCGGGGUCCGUUUUCCACCUGGAGCACACCUGGUGAUGCCCCAGUCAUCACCCUCAGCAGGCUUCUCCCCCUGAAGUAUGUGGAGCUGCGAAUCUACGACCGGCUCCAGCGCAUCCUGAGGGUUAGGACAGUGACCGAAAAGAUCUACUAUCUGAAGCUCCACGAAAAACACCCAGAGAUUGUGUUUCAAUUCUGGGUCCGCUUGGUGAAAAUUCUGCAGAAAGGCCUGUCCAUCACCACCAAAGACCCAAGAAUCGAAUUCACUCACUGCCUGGUGCCCAAGAUGCCCACCAGCUCCAUAGAAACAACACCUGAAAACAGCCUCCUGUCAUCCCCCCAGCCUAGCGAGUCCCUCGUGCUGCUGGCGGCUGAGCAGACCAGUGGCAGUUUCUCACAGCUCUCAGGAAAGCUCCAGCUCACAGCAGACAGGAACAAUGACACUGCCAUUGAAAUAGACAACCGCAGCAGCUACAAGAUACCCUCACCAGUGGCAUCUCCAAUCAAUUUGAAUAUACCCAUGAGAGCUGUCUUGAGCCACAGCCUCUGGGAACAGGAGGAUCCGGAAGAGCACCUUCUACAAGUUCCUGUAGCCAGUUCCCUAGGAGAGCACUUCUUGGGACCCUGACACCUAGGCAAAACAUGCUCUUCCUGGCAUGCGUGUACUUGUACUUGCUACCACCUCUUAUAAUGCUCCUUUCCCACUGUGAGCCGAGUGACCAUGGGAGAGGUAAGAUGGUAUUUCCAACAAGGUGCUUCUGUGCUUCCACCAAUAAACUUCCAAGUGAGUCCCUAA